GGCCGGGCCGAGCCCGCCAUGGCCAUCGCGCACAUCGCCACCGAGUACGUCUUCUCCGACUUUUUGCUGAAGGAGCCGCCGGAGACGCGCUACAAGGGGCUGCGGCUGGAGCUGGCGCUGGACAAGAUCGUCACCUGCAUCGCCGUGGGGCUGCCGCUGCUCCUCAUCUCCCUCGCCUUCGCCCAGGAGGUCUCCAUCGGUGCUCAGAUAAGCUGUUUUGCACCCAGCUCCUUCUCCUGGCGACAAGCUGCUUAUGUGGACUCCUACUGCUGGGCAGCUGUGCAGCAGAAGCAACCAUCCCAGAACAACUUAGAAAACAUUCCCCUGUGGCUGCAUAAAUUCUUUCCGUACAUCCUUCUGCUUGUCGCUAUCCUGCUGUAUCUACCAUGUUUGUUUUGGCGCUUCACCGCAGCACCUCACCUUUCUUCAGACCUGAAAUUUAUUAUGGAAGAACUUGACAAAGCCUAUAACAGGGCAAUCAAAGCUGCUAAUAGCAUCCGCAGUGGAGACCCCAAGGACCCUACUGACUUAGUUGCUGCUGUUAAUGAGAACUUGACACAGAGUUUGUGGGAAAUAUCUGAAAGCCACUUUAAAUACCCAAUUGUGGAGCAGUACCUGAAGACAAAGAAGAAUUCCAAAUGCUUAAUAAUUAAAUACAUUAUCUGCCGUUUACUCACGCUAGUAAUUAUUUUCAUUGCAUGCCUGUACCUGGGCUACUACAUUAGCCUCUCCUCUUUGAGUGAUGAGUUUCUCUGCACUAUCAAAACUGGGAUCUUAAAGAAUGACACAACUGUUCCAGAAGUGGUUCAGUGCAAGCUUAUUGCUGUUGGUGUCUUCAAGGUACUCAGCUAUAUUAACCUGAUAGUCUAUCUUCUAGUGAUGCCGCUGGUAGUGUAUGCAAUGUUUGUUCCGUGGAGGUGGAAUUCGGGUAUUCUCAGAGUGUAUGAAAUCCUGCCAACUUUUGAUGUUCUGAAACUUAAGUCAAAGUGUUUUGAUGACUUAAGUCUUUACCUCCUCUUUCUUGAGGAAAAUGUAAGUGAACUUAAAUCAUUUAAAUGCCUCAAAGUGCUGGAGAACAUUGCAGUUUCUGAGAAGUUUGAUGUCAUGCAACUUUUGGUAAACCUUGGUACUAUUAAGACAGAUACCAUAGAUGGGAAGCCAGGGACAGCUGUGUUGGAGAAGCCUGAAGAAACAACUACAGAAGAGCUGGAAAAAAAUGCAACAGAGCUACAAGUUUUGACGGACCAUGAUGCAAGUGGCAACGCGAGUCCGAGAGAAGAUAAAAAACUUCGCCAAAGACUUAUAGAUUCUUCGUGCUGA